CUUUGUUGUGGUGAGGUAUCAGUAAGCUAUAGGUUCUUGAAGGGUGCCCAUUAGUUUAUUUUUCCUGUGUCUAUUUAGUCUCGCUCUGUGAGAAGGAAGACGCCAUGGCAAAUACCCCUGAAGAAACGCCAAGUGCUGUUAGAGAAGUUGGAGAAAGUAGCGCUGCGAGACUGAAGAAACAGAAAAAAUUCUUUUCUAAAUUGCUUCCUCAGCACCACACAACCCUGAAAAAAAAAACUAAUGCAGAGGUUGGGACAGAACAAUCAAUCAAUGAGAGUGGAAUUACUGAGGAGCAACAGAGAACAAAUACCAUUAGAGCAAUGCCAAAUGCUGUUAGAGAAGUUGGAGAAAGUAGCGCUGCAAAACCGAAGAAACUGGAGAAAUUCUUCUCUAAAUUGCUUCCUCAGCGCAGCACAACCAUGAAAAAAGAAACUCAUGCAAAGGUUGGGACAGAACAAUCAAUCAAUGACAAUGUAAUUACUGAGGAGAGAGCCAACAUUCCUGAAGCUAUUUCUGAAGUGGACGGUAGUAUAGAACUUUCUAGAAAGAGCAAUGUCAAAAAAACUAAUGCAGAGGUUGAGACAGAACAAUCAAUCAACGAGAGUGGAAUUACUGAGGAGCAACAGAGAGCCAAGAUUGCUGAAGCUAUUUCUGAAGUGGACGGUAGUGGUAGUAUGCAACUUUCUGGAAAGUCACAACAGGGUCAAAGCCGAGGGGAAGGUGAAGCUGCACCACCUGGUAGAGUGGAAGGUGAAGCUCCACCACAUUUACCUCCUCUACUAGAUUUAUCCCGUACACCACACGUUGAUCCACCCACUCCAGCAGCUUCUCCUGAUUCACCUACCAAUGCACCUCCCCCACCCCCUCCACCUGCAGCUCCUAAUGCACCUCCCCCACCCCCUCCACCAGCUUAUGGACAUCCUCCGGGUGAGACUACUCCAUCUCAGAAGCCUAGUAUAGUUAUUUGCAUAGCAAUUUUAACUAUUUUUAUUACGAUCCUGGGUACCAACAAAGUUAUGAUAGUGGAUAAAUGGUGGAAAGUAUGCACUUUCGUUGCUUGUGUCGGAGCAUCUUUCAUUGUGGUGCAUUUAGACACCUAUCCUGACUUGGGCCACAUGGCAAAUGCCAUGAGACUAAUGACGAGAUUUGCAUUGGGUGCGGCGGUGAUCCUCACGGAGUCUUUGUUUGGAGGAGGCCUUGAAGCAUUUGUACUGUCUACCAUCGCUGUCAUUACCUACGGCUUUACUUUCCAUAUUUGGCAUUCGGAGCAGUAUAAAAUUAAACUGGAGAAAUCAAGAAGGAUCCCCUUCUAG